CUCAUUGCUGGGCAGAGGAACCAGAGGGAAAAUCCACCUUCCCGAGCACAGCCAUACCAUCUACCUCACUCGACUACUUGUCAAGUCCAAUACCAACACAAAGGGGGCCCAGAAAAUCAAGAAAGAAUGUCGAGUGAUGAUAAAAAUAAACCUAGUGAUCCCAAGACUGAGCCCAAGAACUGUGACCCCAAAUGUGAACAAAAGUGUGAGACCAAAUGCCAGCCUAGCUGUUUAAAGAAGCUGCUGCAACGGUGCUCCGAAAAGUGCCCAAGGGAAAAGUGCCCACCACCACCGAAGUGCCCUCCGUGCCCCCCACCGUGCCCCCGGCCAUGCCCUCCGUGCCCUCCGCCAUGCCCUCCCAAGCACUGUGUCAAGCCCUGUCCUCCCAAAUGCCCACCCCCGGAGUGAGGCACCAAGGGCGCCACCCAGCCCCACAUCUCCAUCAUCUCCACACGUUCACCAUCUUGGGGCUGAGAACUGAAGCCAUGAACUGACAAGUAAAUGUUCCUCUGCUGUGCAAGACUUGCUUCUCCUGUUUUGGGGGCAGUUUUUGGUUUAUCUGUUGUUUUCCAGGACUAAACCAUCAAGUAGCGAUCCCUGGGGAGUGAGGCUAGGACCCCAGCCCUCCACGAUCAACAACCUUUGAAGACAGUGUAUCCUCUGACCCCACCUGCUGCAUAGAGAGAUGUGGAGUCUUCUGAGGGGUGCACCCAGGGAACACCCCCCACCCCGUAAGAGCACAGCCUAAGAGAGCCACAGAUAUGGCUGGGAAAGUGGCUAACCCCGGGGACCCAAGUGGGCAUGAGGGAGGAAGAGGGUGUGAGGGGGUAAGAGGAGUGGGAUGUUAGGAAAGGUGCAGAAAGGCUCAGGAAAAGAACCCUACCAUUUGCUUUUAGUCCCAUCACCUAAUGCUUGUGCACAGCUUUGAAGACAGGCUGUGUGGGGUUAAAUUCCAGCUCUGCUCCCUAACUACUUUGGGACCUUAAGCAAGUUGCUUAAUUUCUCUGAGCCUUAGUUUCCUUCUUUCUGUUCAAAGAGUGAUGUUGCUAAUUGUGCUGCUGUUACAGUGUUCUUGUGUGGCUGAAGGAGUUAAAGGUCAAGUGACUGGCUUACUGGGACAUAGCAAGUUUUUGGUGAGGGGAGCACACUGCACCUGCCCAGGUGUGACACACCACACCUGAAAUUAAUUGCCCUGUACCAAUCUUCCUCAUCAGGCUGCAAGCCCCAGAGUGCAACAGUUAGGUUCUAACUUACACCUGUAAGCAUGACUAGGCAUUCUUUUAAAAAAUGAAAAAGGAGCUGUAGAUUACACUAAUGUCAGUUGGCUGGCUUUAACACUGAGCUACAUUUAUGUAAUGUCUUACCAUUGAGAGAGCUCCAGUGAAUGGGGAAGUGGGAUCUCUAUUUUUGCAACAUUUUGUUAAUCUGUAAAAUUUCAAAAGAAAAACUUAAGUAUAAAAAAAUAAAUAAAAAGAUAAAUCUGGAAGGACCU